AUGGCGUCACAACUAGAUGAAUUAGUGGAAUUCUUACAUUCCCCCCAACCUGCCGUAAGACAAAUUGCUAUUGAUAAUUUGGUUGGAUUCAGCGCUGGUCCAACUUCAAAAAUAUUCAAAAAUGAUAACUUCAGGCCUGUUAAAGAUAUCAUUAAAAUGAUCAUGGACCCAGAACAUGGUACUCGUGUUAUUAUUCAACAGGGUGUUACUAUUUUGGUCAAUCUAUCUGAAGAUAAUUUGGUGAGAAAUAUUAUACUAAACGAUGAUCAAAAAUUCCUGAAAUUCUUAGUCUGGAAAAUUGUCGAUUUGAGUAAUCCAAACGCUGAUAUAAUGUGCAUUUUAUUAAGCAAUUUAGCGAAGAAUGAUGAUAUACUUGCCAUUUUAAGUAUUAAAAGGAGUUCAAGUGGUGAAGAAAUUGAUGAUGGUUUAAAACUAGCUGCUUUGGAUGGAAAUGUUUUCAAAAGUUUAAAUUCCAUGGACUGCUUAAUGGAUUGUUUCGUUAAGGGCUAUGAUAGAAAGCUGACAAAAUAUGCCAAUUUCAACUAUUUAGCCUAUUUCUUCGCUGACAUUUCCAGAUUCAGAUUGGGUAGGAUGUAUUUUAUCGAGGAGCAGGAAUAUGAUCAUGUCGUUCCCAUUUCUAAGCUACUGGUUUUUACUGAAAAAUAUGAUACAAAGAUAAGAAGAGAAGGUGUUGCCUCUACAAUCAAGAAUUCUUUAUUUGAUUCUGAAACUCAUGAGAGGCUACUCAACGAUGAAAAAAUAAAUUUAUUGCCAUACAUUUUGCUACCUAUUGCCAGUGCAAAAGAUUCCGAAAUCGAUGAAGAAGACAUGUUCAACUUGCCUGAUGAACUUCAACUACUACCGGAGGACAAGCAAAGAGAUCCAAUUCCUGACAUUGUAUGCUGUCACCUAGAAAGUAUUCUUUUAUUAUCUACGACCCAUGCCGGUAGGGAGUAUCUAAGAGAAAAGUCUGUUUAUCCCCUAGUGAGAGAAUUGCAUAAAAAUGUCGAAGAUGAAGAUAUUGGUGAACUAUGUUACAGAAUUGUUAAUAUGUUGAUGAGAGGUGAACCUGGUGCUGGCGCAGUGGAAGAAAUGCCAUCAAAAAAUGCUGACGACGAAGAAGAAGACGAAGAAGACGAAAAUGAGAUCGUCGAGGUAGCCUAA